UGCACACAAAGGACGGAAACCGGUGAAAAGAACAGCGAUCUUAACAACAUUGUAAGCACGUCAAACAUAGUCUCCAGCUGAGUAUAUUCUGUAAAUUCGUGAAUGAAGCGUUGACACAUGCAGUGAGUUAAUAGACGCCCAAUUUGUCUCAUAACACAUCCUUAUCAUCGCAAGCAAGGAAUAUUUAGUCUUUGGAACACAGUGUGAUUAUCAGCAUUUUUGACCCGGGUCACCUCUUUGGUAUUGACACAGUCCCUUUAUACUACACAAAUCAUUAUUGAAACCUCUGCUUUAAGACGGAAAUAAGGAUUAAAAGAAGAACAAACUUGGGAUUAACCAACCAAACACGGUUUCGAACUUGUUUUUUAAAUCCUUCGCUGCUGCCCUACGAAAAUCUGGUACCAUAAUUGUGCUUUAACGGUUUGAUAUUGUGGCUUGUCCUUGCGAACAAUAGAAGGAUGGGGAUCUAAGAACAUUUCUUAAACAUGUCCAACGAAACGGGCGAAAUAAUGCUUUCUGUUUUCGGUGCCCCAAAAGUUGGCAAAUCUGCUUUAACCGUUCGUCUUUUAACGAAAAGAUUUAUCGGAGAAUAUGACAGUUCGUCAGUGUCAACAUAUCGUGGUGAAAUCCGACACGAAGCUGGCGAAACCCUAAAGUUUUCUAUUCUCGACUAUCCUGCAAAUUUAAAAGAAUUCACGCCAUCUUUGCUGAACUCAUGUGACUGCUGUGUCGUUGUGUAUUCAAUAACAGACUCAAAUAGUUUUAAUGAAGCUAUUAACUACGUCCAAACGAUCUCAGAAUUCAGAGAUUCAGAAAAUUCUGAGGUGAUCAUCCUAUUGCUAGGCAACAAACGUGACUUAGUUGGUGCGCGGAAAGUAACGUACGAAGAAGGCAAGUCAGUAGCAGCGAGACUGGAUUGCGUAUUUUUUGAGGUCUCCGCAGCCGAAGAUUAUUUCAACGUUCAAACUGUUUUCAAAGAACUCUUACUCCAAGUGAGGAAAACUCGUUUGGCUGAAAAACGGCAAAGAAAACUUUCUGCUAAAAAGAAAGCUGUUAAUAAGUUGUUUGGUUUUGGGGGAAGAACGCGCAGUGGAACACUUUGAACACACCUGUUGUAAAUUCUAUUUCCAUUGUAUAUAUUUAGUUACAUUUUGACGGCUGUGCACGAUGAGAUAUGUAUGAAACAAGAUACCGCCCCGAAAAUUCAUGGCUAAUUUUUCCUACCCGUGUGAAAUCAAUGACAUUGUAACUCAUCGCGUGGCCUCUGCAGAUAUAAAAGUGUUAGUCUUCCUAUCUGCAAGCCGCAUGCAAAUGAGUUCUUAUCGUAUAUCUCCAAAGGCACAUCUCACGAUACAAUAAUAAAUAAAGCAAUUUAAAUUUAGGAAUAUUCAAUAUCGGUCAUUCACAAUCAAAAAAUACCGGGCAGCGUAGUUGAAAAUAGUAAUUAACGUGGACACAAGGUUUUAAUUGGAUUAGGCAAUUUGACCGGCUGACAGACAGACCAAAGGGAACCUUAUUUAUUUAAUCCGUAUGCAUGCUCUGCAUGGGAGAAUAUUUGUAUGGACUAUAUGUCUACCAUAAAAUUUCGUCAGGGCAUCAAUUUUUUCGCCAGUCCCUUCUCUUAGGACAUGGGGAUUCGGACGACU